AUAUAAUAGAGAGGAGUAAAUAAUGUUGACAUUAUUAUUUAAUGUGUACAUUAAAUGAAGUAAAUAAACUGAAUUUUAAAUGCGAUAAGUAGUCAAAAGUAUUUGAACUGUGUAAAUAAUACAACUUCCUACAUGGUUAGUAUAGUGAGAGAAAUAGCAGAAUUCAUUUAUUUAAAAAUGGGAUGCUGUUAUAGUUUUUUCUGUAGGGAUGAGUCGUCCUCUCAAUCAGGCGAACCCAACGAAAGGACCCAUCUGCUAGUAGAUCCAGUAUCAAACACAAAUAUUCAUAAUAUAAGAGCAAAUAAUGAAGAUAUUUUAAGCAGAAAUUCAAAUAAUUUACCUAAAAAGACUGAUGAGCAAUCUGCCCUGAAUAGGAUACUACAAGAAACGGCUACAAAUGUAAUUGAUGUAGCUGCCCUAGAUUCUCAUAAUUUGCAGCAGCAUGAGUAUUUAGAACGAAUGAAGAUUUACAAUGUUAAAGUGCAGCAAGUGCUUACAGCCAAUAAACAACAAUAUAGUAAAAAAUGGAAUUGUAUUUUACAAGAUAUACCUAAUCCGGAUAAGGUGCUAAAUUCAGAAGCAAUCAGUACCGAUGAUUUAACGAUGAUAACAUCUGUAGUAAGCGCUGCAGCCAAUACCAUAAACGAUAUGAAAGUUGACCAUAAAGAAGACCUGGUUGUACCGUUCGGUUUAAAUUGUUGAAAAUAUCCACCAUAUUUAUAUUUAGUGGCAUUUUACAUAUUUUUAUAAUGAGAUUAUGUUAUAUUCAACGUUUUAUCUAAAAAAAUUCAAAUAUUAUUGUACAGUGUCUCUACUACAGUUUUCUAUGUAUAAGUUGAACAAUUCAAUUUUGUAUAAGUGAUAAAUGGCUAUUUUCGUAAUUCGUAUUAUUUCA